GUUUUGUCAACACCAAUUACAUAUUUCAAGCUGCACCACCCCUCUCCUCUUCUUCCUCAAGUAUCUUCCUGGUGGUCUGAUGUCCUUUUGUACUCUGUCUGUAUUCGUCUAAUCCCUUCUGCUUUUUCCACGUGGGAUUACUCUACUGCCCGUAUACUUCCUACUUCUUCCGUUUCCCUUAUCGCUAGAACUGAUAAGCUUUCCCCCCCGCUGUCAGCCCAUCAUCAUGCCAGGAGAAAUCAUUGACCGGCCAAACCCCAAGCCGGAACCUUCCCACAUCCCCGAUCUCGUUGAACAGCUGCAGGUCCAGCUCCAGUCGACGAAGCUGGAGGAGUCGGAUUACAAUGCGCUGCGGAAGUACCGUCGUGCAGCGGCGUACAUCGCUGCUGCUAUGAUUUUUCUGCAAGACAAUGUGCUGCUGGAACGCGGAUUGAAGCAUGAGGAUAUCAAGCCCCGACUCCUCGGUCACUGGGGAACUUGUCCCGGGUUGAUCCUGGUAUACUCACACCUGAACUACCUGGUCCGAAAACAGGACUUGAAUAUGCUCCACGUCGUUGGACCUGGACACGGUGCCCCGGCUUUGCUGGCCUCCUUGUGGCUGGAGGGGUCGUUGGGCAAAUUCUACCCCGAGUACUCGCGGAACAAGGACGGUCUCCGUCAGCUCAUCUCGACUUUCAGCACGAGUGCUGGACUUCCCAGUCAUAUCAACGCAGAAACUCCCGGCGCGAUUCACGAGGGUGGUGAGCUUGGUUAUGCCCUGGCUGUUUCGUUUGGCGCGGUCAUGGAUAACCCCGAUCUCAUUGUUACCUGUGUGGUUGGUGAUGGAGAAGCCGAAACCGGCCCGACUGCGACGUCGUGGCACGCAAUCAAGUACAUUGACCCGGCCGAGUCGGGAGCCGUCUUGCCGAUUCUUCAUGUCAAUGGAUUCAAGAUUAGCGAACGCACUAUCUUCGGGUGCAUGGAUAACAAGGAGCUUGUUACGCUCUUCACGGGCUACGGCUACCAGGUUCGCAUUGUUGAGGAUCUGGAGGAUAUUGACACCGACCUCCACAAUUCCAUGGCGUGGGCAGUCGAGGAAAUCCACAAGAUCCAGAAAGCUGCGCGCUCGGGUAAGCCGAUUAUGAAGCCUCGCUGGCCGAUGCUUGUGCUGCGGACGCCAAAGGGAUGGUCUGGACCCAAGGAGCUUCAUGGCACAUUUAUCGAAGGUUCCUUCCAUUCGCACCAGGUGCCCCUCCCGAAUGCGAAGAAGGACAAGGAGGAGCUGGAUGCUCUCCAGAAGUGGCUGUCUGGUUAUGAACCCAAAGAGCUGUUCACCGAGGGUGGUGAUAUUAUCGAUGAAAUCAAGUCAGUGAUUCCGGCCGACGACGAGAAGAAGCUUGGACAGCGAGCCGAGGCCUACAAGGGCUACAUGGCCCCCGAACUCCCCGACUGGAAAGCAAUGGGCGUGGAGAAGGGCAGCCAAGAAAGUGCCAUGAAGGCGAUCGGAAGAUUGAUCGACGAAGUUUUCACCAGAAACCCCCAUAGUGUUCGGUUGUUCUCCCCGGAUGAGCUGGAGAGUAACAAACUGGACGCCGCUCUUUCACACACCGGAAGAAACUUCCAGUGGGAUCAGUUCUCGAACGCCAAAGGUGGUCGCGUCAUCGAAGUGCUGAGUGAACACCUGUGCCAGGGUUUCAUGCAGGGUUACACCUUGACUGGCCGUACUGGUAUCUUCCCGUCAUACGAAAGUUUCCUGGGGAUCAUCCACACGAUGAUGGUGCAGUACGCCAAGUUCAACAAGAUGGCUCAAGAAACAACCUGGCACAGCCCUGUGAGCAGUCUCAACUACAUCGAGACUAGCACAUGGGCCAGGCAGGAGCACAAUGGAUUUUCCCACCAGAAUCCAUCCUUCAUUGGUGCAGUCCUUAAGCUGAAGCCCUCGGCCGCCCGCGUGUAUCUGCCGCCUGAUGCCAACACCUUCCUAUCCACACUUCACCACUGCCUCAAGUCCAAGAACUAUAUCAACCUGAUGGUGGGCUCCAAACAGCCAACUCCCGUCUACCUCAGCCCAGAGGAAGCCGAGAGCCACUGUAGAGCUGGUGCGUCAAUCUGGAAGUUCUGCAGCACCGAUGAAGGUCUGGACCCUGAUGUUGUGCUUGUUGGUAUCGGCGUCGAGGUGAUGUUCGAAGUCAUCGCCGCCGCCGCUAUCCUGCGCAAGCGUUGCCCUGAACUCCGAGUCCGGGUUGUCAAUGUGACGGAUCUGAUGAUUCUGGAAAACCAAGGCCAGCACCCACACGCUCUGACGAUGGAAGGUUUCGACAGCCUGUUCGGAUCCGACCGGCCCAUUCACAUCAACUACCACGGAUACCCGACUGAGCUGAAGGGGCUGCUUUUCGGCCGGCCUCGUCUGGACCGGGUCACCAUCGAAGGAUAUAUGGAAGAAGGCAGUACCACGACUCCUUUCGACAUGAUGUUGUUGAACCGCGUGUCACGCUACCACGUUGCGCAGGCUGCUAUUAUCGGGGCCUCCAGACGGAACGAGAGGGUCCAGCUGCGUCAGCAGGAGCUGUGCGCGGAGCUUGGCCACGAGAUUACUGAGACGCGGAAGUAUAUCAUCAAGAACCGGCAAGACCCCGAAGGUACCUAUGACACGCCCUCAUUUGAGUGAAGGGUUGUUGGGUGAUCAUGAGUCAUGACAUAUAAGCAGAAUAUUAAUAGAGUUUUUCGUCUUCGUAUAACC